UGUGAUGCUCUCUGAAAAUGCCUUCUCUGCACGGAUGUCCUCGAAUGCAAAAGUUAAGAUUGUGUUACAAAAGGCAUUAUUUAGUAAAACCGCUCCAAUAAUCUGUAAGCAGGCAACAUAUGGCUAAACUGUGAUGUGUUCCGCAGUCCGCUCGCUCUGAGCUGGCGCCAGUAAUUUUGCGCCUUGUCUUAUAACCCGCCAGCAGUCGUUAAAAGGGGCCGUCAACGCGGGUCAUUUAAAAUCCCCGCUCUGCUAUAACGGCAGCGAAGCCCUGCGAUCGGUGCCGCUGGGGGAUUGACACCAGCACGGAGCGGGCACGCGAAAUCCCGACGUUAUACUUCAAAUAUUUUAUGUCAAUAAAACAAAGUUUAGAAACGUGAACAUUUUGCCGGCAAAAUGAGGCGUGUGUUUGGUGACGUCACUUGGGGGGGCGGUCUGAGGUAGCGGAAGUACGUUGAGCACAUGGCUAGCAGGCUCAAGAAGUAAACAAUCCGAGUGUUUGGGCUAAAUAGUUGGAUUUUAUCACGCUAUUAUGUUAGUGACAUAUAAAAUGCAAUGUUUUGGCUGUGCUGGGUUGACCGUUUGAGAUGUCAAGUGUUGUCACGGUAAUAAAGUGCAUUUUUCUGGUCCAGUUGCUGCUAUUGGGUUUCGCAGGCAAAUCAGUUUCACUAUAUUGACUGGCUCCCCCUUAGAAAUACACUAUAUACUACAAUAUACAGCAGCAUUUUAAAUAUAUUAUCAAAUGUGUAUUUUUUACGUGCUCGUGUAGAGGAUUUAAUACAUGUAGCUUGGGUGUUGUCAUUAGAUCCGCACUUUCUAUCACUAAUAUAACCUUUGACCAGUCACAUGACCAUCAAAACACACAAAUCUGGGUUUUGUUCACUGAAGAAAUGAAGUUUUUCAAUCUUUUCGGGCGCUUAAAAUCAAAUGUCAUAGGCAUGAUUCACGUCGGAGCCUUGCCAGGAACCCCCUUGAACCGCGCAACUAUCUCUGAGAUCACAGAGGAGGCAUGUCGAGAGGCGGAAAUUUACCACCACGCAGGACUUGAUGGGCUGAUCAUUGAAAACAUGCAUGAUAUUCCAUACACCCUUGAGGUGGGUCCAGAAGUGUGUGCAUCCAUGACAGCUAUGUGUGCAGCAGUCAGGGGCCUGUAUCCAUCUUGGCCGCUUGGUGUUCAGAUUCUCUCAGCUGCAAACCAAUCAGCAUUGGCUGUUGCCCUGGCCUCAGGGCUGGAUUUCAUCCGUGCAGAGGGGUUUGUGUUCUCACAUGUUGCAGAUGAAGGCCUGUUAAAUGCUUGUGCUGGUGAGCUGCUGCGCUACCGCAGAAGCAUUGGAGCAGAGCAUAUUCAGAUCUUUACAGACAUCAAGAAAAAGCACAGUGCCCAUGCCCUAACUUCAGAUGUCAGCAUAGCUGAGACGGCCCAAGCAGCUGAGUUCUUCCUCUCCGAUGGAGUCAUCGUCACAGGAACUGCCACUGGAGCGCAGGCUGAUCCAGAGGAACUGAGGGUCCCAUUCAGAGGUUAAUCUGCUAAUUUAGAGG